UUUUUUUUUUUUGUUACUUUUUCCCUUUCUUCAAAUUUACAAUUUUACAAAAACAAUAGAAAAAUAAGAGUCUCAAAAGCGUGUAUUUCUCUCUUUUGAACUUGUUUGAAUAUUCAUUUGAACCGUCUCCCUAUUUUUCUGAUAUUUUAUUUAUUGAUUGACAACAUUUUUUCCUGGUUUUUUUUUUAUCUCCAACCCUUUUUUUCAUUUUUUUUUGUUUGUAACGUCGAAUUCCGGGUUAAACUGAAUUUGACAUAUUUAUGAUUUAACUAUUAUAACGUUAUUACAACGAUUUUCUUUACCUACAAAUACAAAUCUGUCUGAUCAUACAUUGUCAGUCAUCACAUCACCUUAUCCUUAUUUAUUGACCUCUUGAAAACAUCACUAUGAUGAAUACUUUGUCACCUACUACCUUAUUGAUCCAAGACCUCAUCAGUGCACCAAAGAAGGCCGAGUCUAUUUUGGAAACACUCACUGAAGAACAAAUUACAAUGAUCGAAAAUACCAUCGAUCGUGUCAAGCGCAGAAAGCUCAAUAAAUCUCACUCGAUGCCUUCACCUGUGGCUUCUCCGCCUACUUUGUCAAAAGAAGAAGUAGAGGGGGAGACUGACAUGAUGGUUACUGAAAAUUCAUCUUCAGCUACCACGACUGCGAUCGCUAAUGCUUUGGCUGCAGCUAUGGUUUCAGCUGCCUUACAGGUACCCGCUGUUUCUGACACCGCCCCCACAAUUCCAAACAAAACCACUCAGCAGCAAACCAUGGCCCAUAGUACAGGAAAUAUUUCUCCCGCCUCAAUCGCCGCUAAAAAUAAUUCGACCAACAACAACAAUAACAACAACAACAACAGCAGCAGCAGCAGCAACUCAACGACAGCAACAAUUACCCCGUCUAAAACUGUACAUCAUAACACUUCAGUCAACGCGUCAGUUUCAUCCAAUGAACCAACAGCAGAAGUAAAGGACGGCGUUGAAUGGGUGUCAUUUGUUUAUUCUCAUAAUCGUACACUGAAGCGUUAUUCUAUUAGAACAGAUAUUCAUACCAUCAAUGUAGAUGAAGUCGAUGAUAAGUUUAAAACAGAGAAUUGUGUCUAUCCUCGUGCCAAUUUGCCAAAGGAAACGUACAAAGGCAAUCGUUGGGCUUAUGAAACUGAAUGCAAUGAUUUGGGUUGGAAAUUAGCUUUCUUGAACAAAGAAGAAAUUGCUGGUAAAAGAGGCUUGAUUCAACGUGCUGUAGACUCUUACAGAAAUCGCUAUCCUAGCAUGCGAUCAAGACGUGUUGCUCGACAGGAAAAGUUAUUGAAUGGUACACUACGCAAAAGAAAAAAUCGAGACGACGAUGACGAAUCGACUAUCACCACCAAUAGCAGCUCUCAUCAUAGUACCAACAGCAGCAGCCAUCACCAGAGUGCUUCCAAUAUUGCCGCCGCUUUGUUAAACUCAGCGCACCAACCGUUGACUUCCACCUCCUUGGAAGCCGCUACUGUUAAACCAACAAAUCAUCCCAAGACCAUCGCUGUGGAAGACGUCCAUUCAAAUACACGCUGUCGUAUUAAGAUCAAUGUGGAGGCCGUUUCAUUGGACGAUAUUUCUGAAGAAUUUCGUAAUCAAAAUUGUCCUUUUCCAAGAGCCAGAAAUACCGAUCCCGACCAAUAUAUGGGAGGCCGUACCCGAUGGAUGGAGCACACUGUUUGUAACGAACUUUCAUGGAAAUUGGCCUUCCUCAAUCAACGGGUGCUGGCAGGAAAGAAGAAUCUGCUUCAAAGAGCGCUGGAUGCCUACCGCACCAAAUUUAUGCCCGCCUUAAAACCACGUAAGCGCUCCUCCAAAAUACCACCCACACGCUUCAUCACGACACCCACCACGACCAUCGAUCAGAAUGAACUUUUCAUGCUUCAACCCUCCACAUCUUCCACUGCAUCUAUAGUAUCUACCCCUUUGACCGCCUCUGCGUUAGACGCUCAAAAUGCCAUCUUUGAAAAGAGAAAACUCUUGAACGACAAAGCAACAGCCUCGCUUGACUUUGGUGAUUGCUUCUCGCUGGACGAGGAGGCACAACAACAACAGCAGCAGCAGCAGCAACAGCAGCAGCAGCAACAACAACAGCAAUCAUCUCAUCCGAAUGGAACGAUAAAGAGCAUCAAGCUUAAACUGAACAAUAGCCACCCACAACCCAAUAUGACCAACGAACGGGACCCUAUGAUCUCUCCUUCUUACGACCCUAUGUGCUCUGAAGCCCGCUUCUCUCCCUUCAAUGAAUCCAUUGGUUGCCAUACGUCCUCUACCUCAAGUGUGGCCAAUACCCCAGAGCCUCCUGUGACAGCCGAUCUGUUUGGUUUUACGGACAACGAUCUCUAUGAAUCUUUUAUGCUCCCUCCUCUCAGUGACACCUUCAUGCUUCUGGAUGCUACUACUACCACCAGUACUACUGCAGCAACAACGCCCAUAAGUGAUGUCCAUAUGAAAACUUAUGAUCCAACCACCUCCUCUCCAUUGCCUCCAUCCGCUGCCGUGUGUCAAGAAUUUAUCAAGUUGGAAGAUGAUUUUCAUACUGAUUUCUCAAGUGCAGCUCACUUGUUAGACCCACUCUUCUAAAAGGAGAACAAUAGAAAAAGGGAAAAACCUCGUCUUUCAUCAUCCACCCACCUUAAACAAACCCUUUCUUGCUGCUUUUUUGUAAAUACUUUUUUAAUUAUCAUGUCUCAUACCUCAUCCUCUUCUUGUUGCCCUUUUUCUUUCUCUACCCAUUAUAAACAAUUAACCCUUGAAAAAAGUACUCUUUAUACGACCUAUUUAGACUGUAUCAAAAAAAGAUCUCCCCCCCCACCCUUCUCUUUGAUUUUUUACAUUUAUAUAUUUCUUUUCGCUGAAAAUAGCUUUUUUUUUUAAAAAAAAAAAACCAGAAAAAAAACCGUUUUUUUUCUUUAUUGUCAAAAAACAGAAAGAAAUUUACCAAUUAAAAACUAAUAAAUACAUUUCCACCAUCAUUUUCGUUUUAAAAUGUAAAGAUUUCUAAGGCUCAUAUCCACCUUACGAAUUC